UGUGGGCAGCCCUCUGUGUCCUGAUGUGUAUAUUUGAUUAGGUGUUUGUCCUUUUCACUAUAAUUGUAUAUGUGGCACUCUGCACAUACACACUGACAGACACAGCCCCCCUUCUCAUUCUGUGUUUGCUUUAAAUCCUGAGGGAAAGAGAGAGCAGCUUACACAGAAGGAGAGCUAUGGGAAAGUAUUAGGAGACAAAGAAGGGCCAGUCGGAGCCAGGAGAGGGUCCAGCUUGCAGCAAGAAAACAGAAUCUGGCCAGUACAUGGUAGAGGAUAAAGCUACAUCCAGAAAAGUGUGUGAUCAGUGCCAGGAGAAGGCCCAGUCCGAGCCAGGAGAGAUUGGGGUCUAGCCAGAGCUAGGGGAGAAAGGGCCAAGCAAAAGACAGGACGGUAUCCGGCCAGGAGAAGAGAGGAACUAGCCGGAAGCAGGAGAGCAAAGGGACCAGCCACAUCCAGGAAAGGAGGAGGUCCAGGCAUAAAAACAGAGGGAGCAGAUCUAGUAGAGGAGAGGGACCAUAGGGAGGCAGGAGAGGUACAGCCAGGAGAGGGACCAUCCAGUACUACAAAGGGGAAUCCCGGAAUUAGAUAAACGCAGAGGAGGAGACGGAAGCUAGGAUACCGGGAGUAAAAACGUAUCAGGAACACCAAAAACAGAAGAAAAGAACCAUGCGUGGAAAAGGGUCGUUAAUCAUGUUUCACCUCUCUGCCAGUCUGUGGAUACUACUGACAGUGUGCUGGGCCCAACAGACCCCACUGCCUACUACCCGUUCCCCAAAUCAGAACCAUGGCAUCAAGUUCCGUCUGGCUGGGUAUCCUCGUAAGCACAAUGAAGGCAGGGUGGAGGUCUUCUACAACCAGGAAUGGGGCACUAUUUGUGAUGAUGAUUUUACCAUGGAGAAUGCACACAUUCUGUGUCGUCAUCUUGGAUUUACUGAAGCAACGGGCUGGACACAUAGUGCCAAGUAUGGCAAGGGAGUAGGCCGGAUCUGGUUGGACAAUGUGAUAUGCUCUGGGAGUGAGAAAAGUAUCAUUGACUGUAAUUCGCGAGGGUGGGGUAACAGCGACUGUACGCACGAAGAGGAUGCUGGUGUAAUCUGCAAGGAUGAACGAAUCCCAGGGUUCAUUGAGCCAAAUACUAUAGAGACAGAACAGAGACAGGUAGAAGAGAUACGUCUACGCCCUGCAGUAUCGGGUGCAAAGAAUCGACUUCCAGUAGCUGAAGGAAUUUUGGAGGUCAAGCACAAAGACAGCUGGGAGCAGGUGUGUGAUGCGGGCUGGACCGUGAAAAACAGCCGAGUGGUGUGCGGCAUGCUGGGAUUUCCAUCUGAUAAGAAACUCAACAAAAACUUUUACAAAAAUGUUAAAAAACAAGUGGCUGUAAAACGCCCUCCAAAGGUGGCCUUCAAACCCAGAUCCCCUCCUAAACAAACCCCCAAACAAAAGGAAAUAAAGAACAAUAGCCGAUUGUAUCUAGAGCGGCAGAAACCAGCUUUCCGCCUGCACUCUGUGCAGUGUACCGGUUCUGAGGUCCACCUGUCUCUCUGCCCUAUGGACUUCUACAAAGUGAACAGCUCCAGCACAUGUGAUGGCUCUCCAGUUGUAGUGAGCUGUAGUAUGGGACAUGCAAUUUCCUCAUCACUUCUAUCCAAUAAAAAGAAAAAAGUGACCGCCCAGAGGGAGGAGACUAUCAGGCUUAAGGGUGGAUCACGUCCCGGAGAAGGGCGUGUGGAGAUCCUAAAAAAUGGUCAAUGGGGGACAGUUUGUGAUGAUCGAUGGGACCUUCAGGCAGCGAGUGUGGUGUGUCGAGAAUUGGGUUUUGGGAGUGCCAAGGAGGCUCUGACUGGAGCUCGUAUGGGUCAAGGGAUGGGGCCUAUCCACAUGAAUGAGGUGCGAUGUACUGGGCUGGAAAGUUCGAUAUGGGACUGUCAGUACAAGAACAUUACAGAGGAAGACUGCAAGCACACAGAGGAUGCAGCUGUGAAAUGUAACUCCCCUUACAUGGGUUACGAGCGGACGAUCCGCUUGGCAGGUGGACGCACCCGUACUGAGGGGCGUGUAGAGGUUCUGUAUGGCCCCCGAGGAUCCGAACGCUGGGGCCUGAUUUGUGGAGAAGGCUGGGGGACCAUGGAAGCAGCAACUGUGUGUCAGCAAAUAGGACUGGGCUAUGUGAGCAGUGCUUUACAAAUACGUAUUGUCGGGGGGCGCACACAGUUUGAGGGGCGUGUGGAGGUGAAGCUGGGAGCAUCUUGGGGAUACUUGUGCAGUGACGGUUGGACAACUAAAGAAGCUAUGGUGGCAUGUCGUCAGCUCGGCUUGGGGUACUCGCUGCAUGCAGUGACGGAAACCUGGUACUGGGAUGCCAGUAAUGUGACGCAGAUGGUUCUGAGUGGUGUUCGGUGUUCGGGCAAUGAAAUGUCACUACAGCAGUGCUCGAACCAUGGAACUGUCAGCUGCAAAAACACGGGAACAAGACAUGCUGCAGGUGUCAUCUGCUCAGAGACUGCAUCUGAUCUAGUGCUACAUGCUGCAUUGGUCCAAGAAACCGCAUAUAUCGAAGAUCGUCCAUUACACAUGUUGUACUGCGCAGCCGAGGAGAAUUGCCUAUCCAGCUCAGCUCGCAAUGCCAACUGGCCCUACGGACACCGCCGCCUCCUGCGAUUCUCCUCCCAGAUUCACAACAAUGGACGAGCAGACUUCAGACCCAAGGCUGGGAGACACUCCUGGGUUUGGCACGAGUGCCAUGGGCAUUAUCACAGCAUGGACAUUUUCACUCAUUAUGACCUUCUCACAUCCAAUGGCACCAAAGUGGCUGAAGGACACAAGGCAAGCUUCUGCCUGGAGGAUUCGGAUUGUCAGGAGUUGGUCAGUAAAAGAUAUGAAUGUGCCAACUUCGGAGAGCAGGGGAUCACAGUGGGAUGCUGGGAUUUAUACCGCCAUGAUAUUGAUUGUCAGUGGAUUGAUAUCACCGAUGUUAAACCUGGGAAUUACAUUCUUCAGGUUGUCAUUAACCCAAAUUAUGAAGUGGCAGAAAGUGAUUUCACCAAUAAUGCCAUGAAAUGUAACUGUAAAUACGAUGGACACCGAAUCUGGAUACACAAUUGUCAUCUUGGUGAUGCAUUUAGUGAAGAAGCGAAUAAAAAAUUUGAGCAAUACAGAGGCCAGCUCAAUAACCAGAUCAUAUAACAUCCUGGACAUCUCCAUCUGACCCAGAUCCUACAUUCUUCCAAAUUACCCACAAAAUACAAGAUUUAACAGUACUGUCCUAUACAAAGGAAAUAGGCCAAAUGUAUCCCAAAUUCCUGAAUUUAGCAUUUCCAUCUCUCUGUGUAGUCCUAGCUAGGCCUAUAACAUGGCCCCAUACUUUAAUACUCGGUUCAUAUAAGUUCCUGUAUAGGUUGUAUCUAAGCAUGAUCUUCUAGGUCAUUAAAAUAUUAACAUAGUGCCUUCUCAAAUAAAUCCAAACCAUUGCUGCCAGUAUGAACCAUGAAGUGUAAAAAAACCCUAACACCUCAGGUCGCCUCCUAAAAAGGCACCUAUAUAUAAAUAAGACUAUCGCUCAGCUCAUUUCAAAAUGAUUUCUAGGUUACGAGUACACAAGCCAUCACCUAACUCAAACAAACCACCAUCGAUCUUCCUGACAAAAUGCAGCCUCAUAUUGUAUCAAAGUCACAACUUAUCUUUUCCUCCAUGACUUAGUUUCCACCAAAAUCCCCUCUAAGUGACAGUCGGUCCACACCUUAACAUGGCACCAGCUUUAAUUCUGUCUUCACGUCCAUCAUCCUUUUCAAGUGACAGCUGGAUAUUUAUUUAAAGCUAUCAAUUUGACACAACUGGUUUUCAUACUCCAAGUUUGGACAAGGAGAUCGCUGUGUUAACUUAAAUAAACUUACCACGUGUAUUUUAACAAGAUUAUGUUGUUAACCUCUUUGUCCUGAAUCCUUAAAAGGAAAGUCAUUGAAGCAUAUAGCCUUACAGAGUAUCCGUACAUGCCGACUGAAUGUAUAACAGCUGUAUAUACACCAAUUGCUGCUAACAGACUUAUUCAAUAGAGUGGUAUUUAUUGUGUCCUCUUAGUGACUAACUGCUCUUAUCUCCAUCCUCCAUACAAACAUAAUGUAUCUCAGAGGUGGCUAUACUCCACUGAUACAUGUGAUCUGCACAUCUUUCUCAGGCUGCUUCUCUUACCAUGUGACCAUAACAAGAGCACCUCUACAGUAAGGGUGUGCGUUGUGCCACUGAAUGCUAUUAGACAUCUAACCCUCUAAUUCAAAUUGCAAAAUGUAGGCCAUAGCACCUAAGCUGUGACGUUUUGGAGAAUGUUUCCUAAACAGGUUGAGUGAAUCAAAUUCAGAGUUAGCAGCAUACUCUUCAGCCGGUGCUAUGUUUCUAUGCCAAAUAUUACCCCUCUACUGGAUGGGCUGUUUGAUCUCUUGUGACAAUGGAGGCACAGGAAUAAUAGGAGCCCAGUUUUGACAUUAUCAUCAUUCACAUGGACCUGGAAGCAGCACACAGUACGUGUUGGCCUUUGUUCGUCAGUUGGCACAAACUGCCAAUCCUCUGCUUUGCAGCCACAGUGGACAAGAUAUAUGGCACAUCAUAUCAGACUAAGGAAAUAAGAGUGGAAGAAGUUAACUCCUGACAACCCCGGCAGUCUCAUUUAGAAGGACCGCAAGGACCUUUUAAGACUGCUUGAAUAAGAAGAGUCAGACUAGGUGGCAUGUUGGGCUGAGCACUCAAGUUAGAGCUGAGGAAUGGAACACUCAAAUAAGAACAAAACCAGAGGAUAAUCCUAAGAAAAGGCCUGAAUGUUUAUCAAAAAAAGCUUCUGGCAUAUAGAGGGAGCAAACCAGGAGAGACCAUGAUAUAAAUCUGAUGAUUAAAGGUGACAAGCAGAAGUCACAUUUUCUCAGACUGGAAUUUGAUGGAAGAAUUAUGUUAUUAAUCUCAGCCCAUUUUAUGGAACUGGUAGAUAUUCUUUACAUUGUUUAAUAAUUCCUGU